AUUCAAACAAAAAAAAUGUACACGUUAAGUUUAUUAACAAAAUUAUUAAUGCUAUCAACUAUUAUCCAGGACAGGCACCUCAGGCACAAACAACUGGCCAAUCAGACACCAUUACCACCGAAAUCCACAUACGAUUAUAUAGUAGUCGGCGCCGGCAGUGCCGGUGCUAUUGUCGCCUGUCGUCUAUCCCAAUGGGGAGCGGAUGUCCUACUACUGGAAGCUGGCGGCCAACCCGAUGCCCUGAUGGACGAUAUACCGGCACUGGGAGUCCUAACUGAUGAAUCAAACUAUUGGCAGUAUCAGGUGGUACGUCAAAAAUUUACCGGACAUUCACAUCCAGCCGAUGGCCAACAAACCCAACUAAGCGGCCGUAUAUUAGGCGGUACUUCAACUGUAAGCGGAAUGAUAUAUAAUAGAGGUAAUCGUGAAUACUAUGACACAAUUGCCAGAAAAUACGGUGCCAUUGGUUGGGAUUAUGCGAGUGUUUUGCCAGUGUUUAAGCUAAUGGAAAACAAUACCGACCCCCGGGUUAGUGAUGACUAUCACGGAAGACAGGGACCGAUAGGUGUGUCCACACCCAGUGAUAUCUAUCCGAUAUACCAGAAACAAGCCCAGGCUGCCAGUGAAUGGGGACUGGAGUAUACGGAUAUUAAUGGCCCAAAACAAACCGGGUUUACAAUUGCCCAGUCGACCAGUGCCCAGGGUUUGCGAUCGUCGACAUUUAAUGCCUAUUUGAAUAGUGGUUUGUGUCCACAGUUGACAAUCAUUACCGGAGCACAGGUAUCCAAAAUACUGAUUGAACGUACAGACAGUGGUCAGGGCGGCGGCCAUCAUCCACGGGCACAGGGAGUCGAGUUUAUUAAAGACAAACGCACACAUAAAGUAUUAGCAAACCUGGAGGUAAUUUUAUCGGCAGGUACAAUAGUCAGUCCACAGUUGCUAAUGGUGUCGGGUGUAGGACCGGCCGAUCAUCUGAAAUCAAUCGCCGGUAUCUCUGAAAUCUAUUCAGACAUACCAGCCGUCGGCGACAACUAUUCAAAUCAUUUGACUAUUGUAUUGCAGUUUCCGUUAAGUCAGCCGAAAAAUAUGGUUUGGCCAAUGCCUACAAUAGAUAAUCUAACACAACUGUACGAGUCGACUGUCCUCGGUACAGGUCCAUUGGCACAGUUUCCCAUAUCUAUAAUGUAUUGGUCCACAUCAGCAUCGGAUAAUAACAACAAUACAACAACAAUAGAUAAUCCGGAUGUCUAUUAUGAAUCAAUGGUCUUACCCGUAAUGGCCAUGGAUUCUAUGAUAAUCUAUCCGACAAGUGGCCGACCGUUAAGUACGGGUACCGUUCGGCUGAACAAUAGCAGCCGUAUCGAAGAUCAGCCGCUAAUUGACCCGAAGUUUUUAUCGGUCGCCGGCGAUCGCCAAACGUUUCGCCAGUCGGUUAUCGAUGUUUUCCGAUUUGUCGAGACGACCAGUUUCGGCCAAUACGUUAGUAUACCCAGUGAACCGAUGGAGCCGUGCCAGUACUGUCCGCCGGGUAGCGGUCCAGUCUAUCAAUGUCUUAGCUAUAUUGACUGUCUGAUUGAACAAUGGGCCGAAAGUCUAUAUCAUCCGGUCGGUACAUGUCGUAUGGGUGAUCCCCAGCGCAGGGAUACUGUAGUCGAUCUCCGAUUGCGUGUCAAAGGUGUCCGCGGGUUGCGUGUAGUCGACUCAUCCGUCUAUCCGGAGAUUAUGAAUUCGCAUACUAUGGCAGCGGCAAUGUUGGCCGGGGAGAUGGGCGCCCGAUUCAUACAUGAGGACAAUAUUAAUAAUACUAUCAAAACUAGACAAACCAUUAUCACCGGUAUUGUCGACAAUUAUAACCAAUUGACUGUCAUUAUUACGAUUAAUGCCAAUCAAUUGCCGCCAAAUAUUAUCAUCUUUUUGGUGGACGAUAUGGGUUGGGCUGACGUCGGCUACCGUUCCGAUCAUAUGCUAACACCUAAUAUCGAUAGCCUAUCGGCCACUGGUAUAACACUAAACAGUUAUUAUACUCAGCCGUUAUGUACGCCCAGUAGAGGUGCACUACUAUCGGGUAUACAUCCCAUACACUCCGGUACUCAGCACCUGGUGUUCAAUGAACAGCAACCUAUUGGCUUACCGUUAGACCAUAAAUUGUUACCCCAGUAUCUCAAACAAUAUGAUUACGCAACACAUGCUAUCGGUAAAUGGCAUCUGGGUUUCUAUAAACGUCAAUACACGCCCACCUAUAGGGGGUUUGACACACAUUUUGGUACAUGGGGUGGUUACGGUGACUAUUAUAAUCAUACCAUGUGUACGGGUACCAAUAUAACCGGGUAUACCAAAUGUGGACUAGACUAUCGUCAAAAUAUGCAACUAUUGGUUGAUAAUCAACAACAAUAUUCAACAAAAAUCUAUACCAAAAAAACCGUAGAUAUUAUCAGCAAACAUAAUACUAGUCAACCCCUGUUCCUUUAUAUUGCCUACCAGUCCCUACAUGCUAGCUAUGCCGAUAAUAUACUACAGUCACCAUCACUCCAGGCCAAUGAUAAUGAUGAGGACAACUAUUUAUUAAAUAAUAAUAAUAAGUUUUCCUAUAUUGAGUCCCGUAAUCGCCGACUGUAUGCCUCAAUGGCCUACAGUAUGGACCAAUCGAUCGGUGAAAUUGUUGGCCAACUAUACGAUCGGUCAAUGUUAGCCAAUAGUAUUAUACUAUUUACCAGCGAUAAUGGCCCCCAGGCUAUCAAACAAGUCAAUGCAUUUUCUAAUUUUGGUUCAGCUGUACCAUUGCGUGGAGUUAAAUGUUCAUUAUUUGAAGCAGGUAUCCGAGUGCCGACAUUCCUAUGGAGUCCAUUAUUAAUUAAUAAUAACAGCAAUGGCCAUGUAUCUGAUGAGCUUAUACAUGUUACCGAUAUAUUACCCACACUACUUGAAGCUAUCGGUGCUACCAAUGAUUUGCUUGAAUUUAGCAAUAACAAUAUUAGCUAUGGUAUAUCGCAAUGGAAAAACUUAGCUCAGGAGCACCGGGAUGACAGUCAAUCAAUAGGAAAACGUACGGAACUAUUGCACAAUAUUGAUCCCGUAUGGAAUCAUUCAUCAAUUAGAUGGAAUCAAUGGAAAUUGAUACAGGGUCCCAGCGAUCCAGGUGCUGCCAAACAAUUUCUAACAUGGUAUCCAACUGUACCCCUGGAGGACAGUCAACAGUUUAUUAGUAUAGACAGUAUAGCUAGAAUGGAGUUACUUAGAGAUGAUCGGCUAAAUAGUCAAUCCUAUAGGGUAUUGACUGAAAUGAAUCGCCGACCACCCGAUUAUACAGUCCUAUCGAAAGCUGUUAUUGAAUGUCCAUCGGUUAGCACUACCGGUGCCCAUAAGUGUCAAUUGGAAACUGAUUUGUGUUUGUUUGAUAUACUAAACGACCCGUGCGAGCACCGGAACGUUGCCGCCGACUAUCCCCUAGUGGUGGAUAGGUUGUGGCAGCGAUUAGUUGAAUUGAAUCGGACAUCAGUUGAACCCCUGGCACUGGCACCAGUAGAUGAUAGUAGUCUACCCGAUAGACAUGGUGGUGCUUGGGUUAGUUGGUUAGAUGAUGAUGAUGAUGAUGAUGCCUAUUACCAUGGUCAUUUUGAUGAACUAUAAUGUGAA